CGGCAGCCGGACAUGUUGGAAGUUUCCGCAGAGAUGUGUUGAUGUGGCUGGAUUCCAGAGUGUGCUGCUAAAGUUGAACUGUAAACAAUAUUCAUGGAUAACUCCGGGAAAGAGAAAGAGGCCAUGGCUCUCAUGGCUGAAGCCGAGAAGAAAGUGAAGUCCUCGCAGUCGUUCUUUGGUUCUUUGUUUGGAGGUUCUUCAAAGAUGGAGGAUGCUUGUGACUUGUAUGGAAGGGCAGCAAAUAUGUUUAAGAUGGCCAAGAACUGGAGUGCUGCCGGAAACGCUUUCUCCCAGGCGGCCCUCCUACACCUGCAGAUGCAGAGUAAACAUGACGCAGCCACAAACUUCAUUGAUGCCGGCAAUGCCUUUAAAAAAUCAGACCCUCAAGAGGCCAUAAACUGUCUGAAUAGGGCCAUUGAGAUCUAUACAGACAUGGGUCGAUUUACAAUCGCAGCAAAACACCACGUCUCCAUUGCUGAAAUUUAUGAGACCGAACUGGUUGACAUUGACAAGGCCAUUGCUCACUAUGAACAGGCGGCAGACUAUUAUAAAGGCGAGGAAUCCACAAGUUCAGCCAACAAGUGCCUGCUCAAAGUUGCCACCUAUGCAGCUCAACUGGAGCAGUACCCUAAAGCCAUUGAGAUCUACGAACAGGUUGCAACACACGCAAUGGACAGCGCUCUUUUGAAAUACAGCGCAAAGGACUAUUUCUUUAAGGCAGCUCUCUGCCACUUCUGCGUGGACAUGCUAAAUGCUAAGCUUGCCAUUCAGAAGUAUGAGGAAAUGUUUCCAGCCUUUUCAGACUCACGUGAAUGCAAAUUGGUGAAGAAACUUUUAGAUGCAUUUGAGGAACAGAAUGUGGAUGCAUAUACCGACGCUGUAAAAGAGUAUGACACCAUCUCACGACUGGAUCAGUGGCUCACCACCAUGCUGCUUCGUAUCAAGAAAUCCAUACAAGAAGACGAAAGUGACCUUCGCUAGGAUCCUCUUCCUCCCCUCUGCCCCUUGCCGCUCGUUCUGCCUCGUGCCUUUAACACCCUGACUUCAGUACAGACUAUCUCCAUCCCGCUCUCUUUCACCACCAGCUCAACUCUCAGUGCCUUAACGUCCUUGCUUUACCUCUCUCUGUCUCAAUGACACGGCCGUACCGCCAGACCUCGGAGAACACUAAAGAAAGGAAGGGCUGCUUGUUUAAAUGGGAUUUGUGGGAGUGUUGCAUGAGAGCUGAAACCAGCUACAGUAAUGUUAUGGGGUGCUGUGCACACCUGCCUUGUGCUCUGGCUGACACAGAGCACCUGUAUUACUGAGCACAAAACACCUAGGUUCAUCCUGUUCAAUUCUUUAGUAGUGGCAUAUAUAUUUUUAUUCUUAUUGGAAAGAACAUACCUUAUAUCUCUGCAGAUGUUUUUGCUUGCUGAUUCCUGCGUAGACUAAUCUUGAAAAAAUUAUUUGAAAUGCUCUUGCAGUUUGUUUUUUUUAUUUUGACAUGUGAAGAAAAAAAGUAAAAUAACAACUGAUUCAA